AUGGAAGUUCAAAGUAACCAAAAGCGCAUUGAGUGUUCUUUUAACGAAGGGGGUCUUGUGUGGCUCAAGCUUCAGCUGUACUGUCAAAUCUAUGUCCAUCGCCAUGCAUCACAGAAACUUUCCAAAUGCUACUUGAGGCCCUUCAAAAUACAAUCUCGCAUAGGCCGUGUCGCUUACCGUCUCGAACUUCCAGCAUCCUCAAAGAUCCAUCUGGUCAUCCAUGUCUCACAACUUCGUGUUUUUCACGGUAGAGACUCUUCUCUACAGUUCACACUGAUCCCACCGGAGUUUGAACCAGCUGAUGACGAUGACCACCAACUGGGCGAGGAAUCAGAACCUUCACAACAAGCAUACCAUCAACUCCAGACAACAAUACAAAUAAGGAUGCUCCUCUGUGUUUACCAAAGAGCAAGAAGACUGAAGGCACUACCAUACAUGCAGAGGAAGACGAAGCGUUGA